CCGUGACAUAACUAGUGCGGAGCAUGUGAAGUUUAGGCAUUUAUCAAUGAAAAAGUGAAGAUAAGAACAAAUCGUUCAGUAAACUUUGUUAUGCAAAACAACCCGCAGACCUGGAUGCGUGGAAGCGCGCGGACUUCAUUGCGCACGCGGCGCGCCAACAGUUUGUGAGCUACGGUGGAAGAAAUUAAAGGUCUGUUCCGGCGCGCGCACGCCCCUCAUGGUGUGAUGAUCCUGCUGCCUGGUCUGCUGUUAAACAACCGGUUGUAAACUAUAAACCUGGCAAAAGCGGACUGAAAGUGGUUAUUCUCAGGAGGAACUCCUUUUUGUUCUUCUUCUAUCUUCCAUGUGGAGGACAUCCUCUCCAGCAGGACUCCUCUGGCCAGGUCAUGUUUGACUUCAUGGAAUUUCAGGUUUUCGCUCCAGGAGAAAUCAUAGAUUUUUACUCGGCUUCCAGUCCUGGCUGCGCGCUGCAGGAUCUGGACCAGGACCAGGAUUUGGCAGCAUUCUUCCCAGAGCUCAUUGGGUCGGGCUGGCCGGAGCAUCGCUGCUCGCAAUCAGUGGAAAGCCAGAGCUCAACCUCCAGCUCUAGCUUGGACGACCUAUUUGCCAGCCCACCCUCCCCACCUCCACCUCCGCGCACAUACAAGCCCUGUUUUGUGUGUCAGGAUAAGUCCUCGGGCUACCACUAUGGAGUCAGCGCCUGUGAGGGCUGCAAGGGUUUCUUUCGCCGCAGCGUGCAGAAAAACAUGGUCUACACCUGUCAUCGUGACAGAAACUGUAUCAUCAACAAGAUCACCAGGAACCGCUGUCAGUACUGCCGCCUGCAGAAGUGCUUUGCUGUGGGAAUGUCCAAAGAAUCGGUGAGAAACGACAGAAAUAGAAGAAAGGGAAAGAAGGAAGCGGUAAAGAUGACCAUCAUGGAGACGUACGAGCUGACAGCAGAGCUUGGACUGAUCGUGGAGAAGAUCUGCAGAGCUCAUAGAGAGACCUUCCCUUCCCUCUGCCAGCUGGGAAAAUACACCACUGUGAGUAAUUCUAGUUCAGACCAUCGGAUUCAGCUGGACCUCGGCCUGUGGGACAAAUUCAGCGAGCUCGCCACUAAGUGCAUCAUCAAGGUGGUGGAGUUUGCCAAGAGAGUGCCGGGCUUCACAGGCCUAACAAUCGCUGAUCAGAUCACUCUGCUCAAAGCCGCCUGCCUUGACAUCCUGAUACUUAGGAUUUGCACUCGCUACACUCCUGACCAGGACACCAUGACCUUUUCUGAUGGACUGACUCUGACCCGCACUCAAAUCCACAAUGCAGGGUUCGGACCGCUGACGGAUCAGGUUUUCACAUUUGCUGGACAGCUGCUGCCUCUGGAGAUGGACGAGACAGAGAGCGGGCUCCUCAGUGCUAUCUGCCUCGUGUCCGGAGAUCGGCAGGACCUGGAGGAACCUUCUAAAGUGGAGGUGCUGCAAGAACCACUGUUGGAGGCGUUGAAGAUCUACUCGCGGAAGCGACGACCCAGCAUGCCCCUCAUGUUCCCCAAAGCCCUAAUGAAGAUCACUGACCUUCGUAGCAUCAGUGCUAAAGGAGCUGAGCGGGUGGUGACAUUGAAGAUGGAGAUCCCAGGCUCCAUGCCUCCUUUGAUUGAAGAGAUGAUGGAGGAUCUGCAGAACCUGGAGAGCAGCCAGCACUCACACACCAUCUCCUCCCACUCUCAGCGUACAAACCAUCCUUGUCUCCCAGUCUGAAGCUGCCCGGAGAACUUUUCUUCCUUCCGAGAGAGAUUACUAAUGAUUUAAGUGCAGAUGCAGUUUGGACGGUCACUAGUGCUUCAGAGUUUGAGUUAGAUCUUGAGACGUAUAAAAUGAGAUUCAGCUGUCAGAUUAACAACAUGGAGGUUUCAUUGAGAUGCUAUCCUACUUUGAUGGAAGAAAAAGAAAACCUAGAAUGAUGCAGUAAUAUGCAAUGCUGUCGCUGGCGCCUCAUAUCCACUGAGAAUCACUCUCAGCUUCUGUUUACCAUAUCUGGUUCUUGCUGUAUUUAUAUUUGCAUGAGUUAUUAAUUUUUACCUCAUUGAAUAACGCCAUCCGUGUUAGAUUAGGAAGAAAAGGCACUCGUUGGGAUGACUUGUUAAAGCUUUUUAAUGUUAUUUUUAAAACCUGUUAGCUGCAGUGGUGGAUAGAUGUUACAUGGGAAACAAGUAAAGGGAAAAUUGGAAACAAAAAACGUCAAACUUUUAUCAGAAUUGGUCUGAUAUCUUUGUAGGGAAGUUAAAGUCAAUUGAAUAGGGGACAUAAAUACAGUAUGUAUACAGCCUUGUUAAACUGCCAAGGUUUUUUAAUGAUCUAAGAAACAGGAUCAUUAUAAAUCAUAUCAAAAAUUUUAGCAUUUUAGAACUAGAAGGUUCAGCAACCAGGCUGUAUGUGUGUGCUUUCUUUCAUCAAAUAGUUUAAGUUCAUUAUGUCAGCAUUCAGUUUUCUUUUGAAGAAGUUGAUCCGCAUCCCAUAAUUUGACCUGACAAUAUUAUAAGUCCUCAGAUUGCAAAAGUACCUCUUGCCCAUCAUUGUCUUCUAGUUAUUCUGUCAGGUUUACGUCUGAACUUCCCAAACUUAACUUUUUUCUAGAGAAGACAUAAUUCCAUUGGAUGUAUGAACCAUGUUUCAGUGUAGGUAUGGCGUUCUGUAGUAAUGUAUUGGUCCUUUUUCCUUACACCAGAAUAAUCUACAAUUUUCUAUGAGAUUUAAGCUUGGCUUUGAUGUUUUCUCCAAAUACAAGUCUCAUUAGUUUGCCGGUUUAAAAACCACAGGAGGUUGCUUUGUUUUGCCAGUAUUGCCGUCUGCCUCCCAAUUGUUUAUUUUGUUUUUUACAGAAUUUUUGAGGAAAAAAAAAAGGUUCCUCUAAUAUCCCUUCUUUAACAUAUUUGAUGCCUAAAAGAGGUGUGUGAUUGGCUAUGAAUGUACCAUUAUUUUUUUAAUGACACAUUAAGUCCAUUUGUUACGAAAAUAAAAUGAAUUAUAAGAUUUUUUUAAUAAGAUAUUUUCCCUAUAUUGGUCAGGAAAACAUUUUGGUAGUUUCUAUACUUUUUCUCACAGCUAACAUUUAGAACAGUUUAACUAAGUAGGUAUGCCCUAAGCUGCUUUUUAGGGGAGGCAGAAAACCAACUUUGCAGGCAAAAUUAUUAAUAAAAAACCUUUGAUGAAUUGCUCAAAGUGACCUGUCACAUGGACAAACCAGUGCGCUUAAGUUGGUGCCAAAUAUUUACAUUUACAGGCAAAAAAGUUUUUUUUACGAUUUACUUUUUUUCUAUUAUUUUUCCAUUGCGAAAAGCUGACAGUUUAAUAAAUAUGUUUUACACUGUAAGUAUGAAAAGCUGUAGCCUUUUAUGAGCUCGUUUAGUUGCUGGCAGUCUGUUGGAUCGCUCUCCAACAAAAGAUUUAUCACCAUCUUAGUAAGCUAAAGAUUAUUAUUUCUUCUUAGACUUUAUGAAUGAAGAUCAUUUAAAUACAGAUUAUCCUAAAUGAAAUUGUUCCUGAAAAUAUUUUUUUCUAUGUAUGAGACAUGUAAAGUUUUACCACAGACUGAUUGUGUAGCCUUUGUUGCGCCGUGGCACAGUGUUCGCCUUCAGGCGCACCAUUCGUUCCCCUGUAGUGACGUCAUCUUGUUACUUGAUCUUUGUUUCCUGUAUUUGCUUUCGUAACACCUGUAAAAUUAGCAUUGUUCUUAUAAAUCUGACCUUUUCUUUUGUUUUAACGUUGUUUACUCUGCAGUUUUUUUUAUGCUGACAAAAAAAAUGAUAACAGCCUCACACAGCUGCGAGUAUAACUUUAAUAUAGUGAUAUGAAUAUCUAGUAAAAAUGGCAUUUUAGUAAAACCUAAAAAAACAUCAUUCAAAAUUCAAAUAUAAAGAAAAUGUCAUCAUGAAAAAAAAUUCUGUAAAAAAUGACGGACUUAAAUUAGAACUGUUGAAUGAAAGCAGCUCAAACGCAACCUUUGAACUGUAAAGAUUCACAUGUGCCUGCCAUUUAUGUGCCAACAUUUUCCAAAAUUUAAGUUUUUACGUUUUUUUGAGUUCAUGCCACAAAAAGGCACAAUGCGAUUAUACUGUAUGUACAUAUCAUUUUUCAUCUGUGAAAUUAAACAUUCAUUGUUUUGUU